UAUUAUCCGAUUUAUGUCAGAGAAAUUAGGUGCUAAUAAUUUAAAUUAUGACCACCGCCGCAGAUUUGGUUCCAUCACAAUGUCUUCAGAACUCAAUAAACUGGGCAGAUUCUUGAAAAUCACCAAACAUAAGGGGAUCUCAAUCCUAAUUCCCAUGGGACAUCACAACUCAAGCCUAUCCGAGUUUAUGAUGAUUUUCUCUAAUUUUGUGGGUUUAUCAAAUUUGGGUCAGGAGGAUCCAUCAAUCAUGAGCUACAGGAACAUACCAGAUAUUGAGGAUUUUACAUCAAUUUCGAAAUCUCUAUUCAAUCUUGAUAUUUUGGCAACCUGUCCAAACUCACAUCGAACGGUAGCUACGGAGGAGGAUAUAUAUGGUUCUAAAGAGCACGCUUUAGAACAGUCUCAAACUAUUUUUAACUCUCCCGAAAUGAACAAGGACAACCGUAAAGAAUACUCUUCUCACCCUAUGGUUACCAGAAGUCAAUCAAGAAGCCAUAAAAUAGAUAACUUCACUGAAGGAUUGAUAACUAGAAGUCAAUCAAAAACGCCCCAGGAUGAUGAAGACUAUUACAUCUACCCAGCUUACUCAAGCUACGAUUCACCUCAAAAGCUAAUAACAGGACUUGAACGCUAUAAGUCAGCACACCCAGAUGCAAAAUCGUACCCUCCUUAUCUCCAACGGGCUAUCCAUUUUCACCUAAAAUACAACCCACGACUCUCAACCAAUGUAGGUGUGCCUACGACGAGUGUUAUUUGUUAACUCUUUCUCUUGCGACUUUUUCUUGUACUUUCCUUUUUCGAUCUUUGUACUUGUAAUCCUUUUCUUAAUAAAAUGGAAAGUGUUCCCCGG